AUGGCUGAAAUACCUGAACCCGGCGGAGACAAGCCAGCACCCUCAGGAUCUGGCUUGUCGACUGUCGGAUCAGGAAACACCGGAGAUCUAAGUGGUAAAACCCUAGUCGGACAAAGUUCUCUAGAUACUGUGGAUCUUUCGGGAACAAUACAAGAUCCGGAUGCACAGCCAGCAAACACUGGACAAGCGGUACCUGGAACCAGCGUCGGUGUUCCAGGUGGCCUUGAAUUACCAAAAACGCCAGGGACCUUCAUUGAUCUCUCAGGUAUCGGGAGGCCACUACCGAAAGACAAACGCCCAUUGGAUCCAAGGCCAGAAGACAACGCACCUCUACCGAAUCCUUCAUUUGAACCGUUAGAUAUUUCCAAGUUUACUAAUCCAGAUGGUACCACUGAUUGGGCUAGGAUUGGGGCUAUACUUUCAAUGAGAGCUCAGCUUAAGGCGCAGGAGAGAAGGGCUCGGCGUCGGAUGCAACCUAGGCCCCCUCGUGAGAAGCCGGCUCAACCUCAAGGCAAAUCGGAAGAUGCUCAGAAUCAGGGCAAGUCGCAAGCUGCUAAACGUCCGGGUAUUGGAAAUGAAGCUGGGCGUAGGUUUCGUCGUUACCACCGCGCGUAUAGGCAGAGGAAUUCAUCACUGGCUUUCCUGUCAAAACGAGGCAUUGAGGUUAAGUCUCUGUCAGACAUCGCUGAAAAGACUACUCCGUUAGCUAGUCCCGAAGAUAGCGGCAAGACUAGACUACCAUCGCCAGGAGGUGGCGUUGAUGAAAAAAGUGAUAGAAGUCAUGCUACUAAUCCAAGGGAACCGGAGGAGGAGGCUGAUUUUGGUGGCGCUCCUCCUGUGGGAACUAAACAAAAGCCUUUACCGUCUGGUGAUAAGGUCAGUAAAUAUGAUAUAUUCCUCAAAUGUGUCGUGCUAACCUGCAGUAAAGAUAUCGCCAAGUAGAAGCGAAGUAUUUCGUAGAUUGGCCAAAAAACCUGCGAGAUCGCGAACCAUGCAACAAAAGCUCCGUCAAUGGAUUCAAGAUAACCGAAGUUCAGGGAAAAGGACUGCGGCUGAGAAAAACGAAGGGCAGGUUGAGAGAGAAUUGAUGAAUGCACGCAAGAGACACAUUGCUUGGAUUGAAGAUGAGAAACGCGCUGCAAAUGACUUGAUCAAGAAUGAGACAGAUGGCAAUGCUGUAAUUGUGUUGAAUAAAGCAAUCGAGAGGCUUGACCGUCAUCUAAAAGAAGCUUCGGAAUUGGAGGAGAAACGCGCAAAUCGGAAUAUCCUGAAAGAUCAUUUGGAACUCGAAACAAGUCCUACUAUCAAGCGCAAAUUCCAAGAUCAACUCAAAGAGUUAAAUUUGCAAAUUGAAAAUGAAGAGGGCAAAGAGAGAAUAAGACUCAAACGUCAUAUGAGCGGAGAUUUGGCUUCAGCUGCAGAAGUAAGAAAAGUGGCUGAUAUGACACCGGCUGAGCGGGCUGCUUUCAAUGCUCGAUCAGGUCAAUCCUUCACAACAGUUGCAUCACGGCCUCCAGGUCAACUUGAACAAUCGUCCGCGGAAAGGGCUCUACGUGAGAAAUGGAUACGCGAGGAUAAACCUCAUGAAGAUGCUGUCAUGAAAAUUGAGUUUAUGUCUGAUUCCAAGGAGAAAAUGGAUGCAUGGAAAGCUUUACAAAGAGUGCGCAGUUCCCUUUUAUUGAAAAGACGGAAGGAAUUACAAAAACUUUGGCGGAAACAAGCGGAUGAGAUGAAAGCGGAUCGUGAAUUUGCUUGGUCAGAGGAAGAAGAUGAUGCGGAAGGAAAAGGUGUACCUGGGACGGAGCAUUCAUCGCAAGGAAAAAUCGGGGACACCGGUAGCGGGAGUGGUGUCAAAGAUGUGGCUCAGGCUAAACUUGAUAAAGCCAAGGCGCAACUUGCAAAAGAUUUGGAGAAGAAACAGGCCGAAGAGGCUGAAAAUGCGAAGAAGAUUGAAGAAGCUAAGAAGCUUGCGGCAUUGAAGAAGACUCCCGGGUCUCCUACGGGAAUGGAUAGUUUACCGAGUUAUUUCCGUCAAAAAAAACAAAAUCCACCUGGAAUCGAGCCCCCUAGAUUUCCCGAUCUUCCUGGCAUGAGGGGAGGGAGUGGGCUGUCUGGAGGUGAAGGUGCAAAACUUCGAAGGCCAGGUCAACCUGAUCUUCCUGGACGUGGAGGGACAGCCCCAGCUAAUCCCGAAAAUACGACCCCUCCGCCCAUACCGGUACCUUUUACAGCUAAAACCCCACUUUCUCCUAUUCAAGAACGAAGAUCGGAACCCGUUGCUUAUGAAACACAUCCUGGAGUAGCCAGGUUCUUAGGAAAUAUGGCGGCGGAAAGAAUCAGGAAGGAAAUGCUGGCAGAAGGUCUAGAAUCGGCGGACUUGGAUGAGAUGAAGCAAGAAGAUGAAUUUACGAAGAUCCCCGAACUGCUGGGAAGAUCCGGAUAGUAAGGUGGCUGCUGAGGAGAUUGAGGGGAGGAAGGGGAAUGAGAAGGAUGGUGAAAGAUUGCAGAGGGAGAUGGAGGAGAAGGAAAGACUGGAACGAGAAAUGGAGGAAAAGGAAAUGCUCGAAAGAAAAGUGGGGGAGAAGAAAAGGCGAGAGAGAAUGGAGAAGAAAAGGCGAGACAGAAUGGAGAAGAAAAAGCUCGAAAGAGAAAUGGCGGAGAAGGAAAGGCUGGAGAAGGAAAGGCUCGAAAGAGAAAUGGCGGAGAAGGAAAGGCUGGAAAGGCUGGAAGAAAUAAAUUGGAUGAAGAAGUGGAAAGGCAGCAGAAUGGCAAACAAAUGGAGGAGGAGAAAUGCGAUAGAGAAGGUUCAUGAAAAGGCUCGAAAGACAAAUAGAGCAUGAAAGAAGGCUCAAACUCAUAGCGCAAGUAGAAAGGAUCGAAAGAAAACAGCGGAAAGGAUUGCCCUGUUAAACAAGCCCGGGAAACUUUUCUGAGCUACUUUUCAAAGAUUUGCUGGAGAAACACCCAGUUAAGGAGGAAAUUCGGAAAAAGUUGAUUGAGGAUGAAUUAAGAAGGAAGAAAGAAGAAACGACAGCUAAAGAGAAGAAGAAGAGGGAAAGAGUUAAAAACGGGGCUGCGAUUGACUUAGAUGGGAUAGUGAAUCAUAUAGCCGAGACAGCCAGACGUUCUGGAAUACAACCUAAGUUUCCAGUAGGGGAUGCAUUAAAGGAUCAGGAAAAGGAGGUACAGGAUUAUAUGACAAAAUUGAAGAAUAAGCUGGAGGAGAUUGCACUUGGGAAAAAUGAUCUAGAAGAAUCAUUUGAGCAGCGAGAACGUGAGUUGAAUGAACAAAGGAUUAAAGAAGAGUCUGAAAUGAGGGAAAGAGAAAGAGAAAGAAUUCUAGCAGCGCAGCGAAAAAAGGAGGAAAUAGAGUCAAAACCGAGAAAGGAACGUGAUUUAAGAUGGAUACUGGAAAAAGAGAUGAAAGAACUCCAAGAAGCAGCCGAUCUAGAACAGCUAGGUGAUGACGAAGAUGAACUCAGUGACGAAUUAAGCUUGUUUCAAACUACAUCCCUCAAGUUACGUGUCCCCGGGCUUUCUUGGCUCGGUAGGACCGAUCCCGAAUUCUCAGACGAGGAUUCCCGGAGCGAUAGUUCACAGCACAGCUUAUUCGAUGUAACGGACGAGGAUUCAGACUUUCUUGAUUUAUCUACGCCUCCUCCCGGCCCUUCGGAUGCAAAGCCCUCUCCUGACGCCCCAGGCUCGACCCGUGCUAAGGCACCGAAGGAACCGAAAAUUCAUCUCCAUCUUACGAUCUUUACAAGUCCGACGCAGUUUUUAUCGGAUGUGUCUCCGUUGCAUUUCGUUUGUUGUGAAAAUGUUCGAUUAUCGUGGAAAAUAUCACAAUUGAUAGAUUAUCUGCGCGCACCUACAGAAGUAAAAACGAAUCCUGGGAAAUUAAUACAGGAAGUACCGGGCUGUGUAGGGUUUAGGAAAGAAGAUGGGGAGGUGAUUGAAGAAGGGAGUUGGGAGGUGAAGAAUAUGAGAUUGAGGAUCGGGAGGAGGUGGUUAGAUCGUGAGAAUAGGACGUUGUUGGAGGAGGGGCUUAGGGAUUGGGAUAAUGUAGUUGUGCUUAUGGUGGGUGAGGGGGAGAAUAUAGAGGAGGGCGAUUGGAAGGAUUGUGUUUGGGAGGCUGAUGGCGUGGCGGGGUGGAGAGAGGGGUGGCCUGGGGUGGGGAAGGCGAGAGUGCCGAAGGAUAGGGAGGACUGGGUUGGGAUAUUAUGGGAUGAUUACUUUAUGGUGACGUACUAG